AUGUACGAAUACUGCUCAGUUGUAAUUAAGAAAUAUUCUAAGUAUACAAUUCCCUCUUUUGCUCCAAAUGGGUUUUGUUCCAUGCUUGAACCCCCUCAAAUAGACAAGUGGCAACAUCUUUCCACUAACUGCACUCUUCAAUUUCGGGUUCUUUUAAUGGACUCCGGACAAGUUCUUAUUCAUGUGGUUCUCAAUAACUCAACUCUUCUCGAAAAUAUUCGGCUACCGCUAGGGGAUAAUCAAGAUCUGAUACAAUUUUCAUGUAAAUGCCCUAUAAUCUCUUGUAAAUAUAUCUCCGAAGAAUUUGGGCCCAGAAUGUUGAGGAGGUUUCAGAUCAAUUUACCCAAUGACAUUGAGUUCAACAGAGCUAUUGUUUCUUUGAAGAAUCUCAAUUUUGUCUUAAGAACAGCUAAGACAUCAAUAGCUCAGAAUACAAUAACAAGCCAGGUGUUAGACAUUAAUAAUGGUAAAAAGGUUAAUUUCGCUGAGGGUACAAAUACUAGUAACUACGCACAUUCCAACACACAAUUUCAAACCCAAAACAUGAUUACGGAUUUCAGCCAACGUUGCCAGGAGAAAUCUGAAAGAGAGCCAAGUAAUCGUUCAAAUAUAACUUUGCCACAGGAUAACUUCCCAAUAGGUCAACAAAGCUGGCCAAACACAGAGUUAAAUGUAGUACACUCUUCACAAGACCUCAAUACUCCAUCGGCUACGCAAACUGUGCUGAGUCGCCCCGAACCGCUAAAUGUGCAGCCAUCGGAAGUUUCUCAAUCUUUAGCAAAGACUACCAGCUGCCUUCCCAACAUUGGAAACCAAAAAAACCAAACUGAGACUAUUUCUGAUUUACUUUCAAGAAAAGACAUCGCCCCGUGUAAACCUGGCUUAAUGGAGGUUGUUCACUUGCCAAAGGAGAGGGUAGAAAAGGAGAGUCGAAUGCACAGCACCACUGGUUUAGUUAAAACACCAACAACAACCGUAUGGAGUCUAGAGAAAGAAAAUACGAUAAGGCAAAAUUCCAAUAAUAAGGAAAAUGCCGAUAAUAAGCUAAGCGACUCCCAAAAAUCCAGAGGUAUAAAUACACCUAAUAGGAGAACAGAAAUACCGCUGAACGGCACACUUAACGGAACGAAGGAAGAGGUAUCGCUAGGUGGAGAAAUAACGAUAAGCGUCAAAAAUGCUAAUCGGAAUGCGUCAAGAAAAAUAUCUAAGCGGCUAAUCAAGGAAAAGUUAAAGGACAAAGAAUUCAUGAACUGGGUCAAUAAGGUUGAAACGGUUCUCAAUAAAAUGUUCGAAAAGUGA